AUGGACGGACACAACGAUGGGAUGUUCAUCGACCGAGCGGAGGAUGCUCGCAAACAGGAAAUCACCGAACAAUACCUCAACUUUCUGGAUAAUCAAUCCGAUACUCACCAUUAUCGACAGAAGAUUGUAAAAAUGAUGAACGACGGGGAGAGUCGUUUGGUGAUGAAUCUCGAUGAGAUUCGCGAGUCGAUGCCAGAAAGAGCUGAAGGACUUCUCACUCAAAGUGUUCUCGAGAUGAAUUGCCUUCAAGCCGCUCUCGAAAUGGCUAUCAAUCGUAGUGACGUUCAAGCUAUCGUCAAAACAGGAUUCCACGUUGGAUUCGAAGGAACAUUCGGCGAGCGCCACGUCAAUCCCCGCACCCUGAAGUCUACAUACCUUGGAAACCUCGUGUGUUGCGAGGGAAUCGUCACAAAAUGCUCAUCUGUCCGACAAAAACUUCUCACCUCUGUUCAUUACUGUCCAGCUACCAAUAAGGUUCUCGAGAAGAAAUUCGCUGACUUCACAAUGCUCGACACAAUCGUCACUAACAAUGCCUAUCCAACAGAAGACGAGAACAAGAAUCCUUUGGAGACCGAGUUCGGACACUCUGUUUACAAGGAUCAUCAGACAUUCACUAUUCAGGAACUUCCAGAAUCAGCGCCUGCUGGUCAGCUGCCACGCGCAGUUGAUUGUGUCGCUGAUCUCGAUUUGGCGGAUCGUGUGAAGCCUGGAGAUCGUGUCCGUAUCAUCGGAGUGUUCCGUGUUUUGCCGAAUAAGCAGAAUGGUGUCUCUUCCGGAUCUUUCCGUUCUAUCAUCAUUCUCAACCACAUUCAAAUGCUUUCAAAGGAAAUUGUUCCCCAUUUCGAACCACAAGAAGUCAAGGAUAUUCGUAAAAUAUCAAAGUCUCGUGAACCAUUCGAGCUUCUCGCUCGAUCCCUUGCUCCAUCGAUUUGCGGCCACGAGGAGACGAAGAAAGCUUUGUUGUGCUUACUUCUCGGUGGAAUGGAAAAGAUUCUCAACAACGGAUCUCGUCUAAGAGGAGACAUCAACGUUCUUCUCAUCGGUGACCCAUCAGUAGCCAAAUCGCAACUCCUACGUUAUGUUCUUCGUAUGGCGCCGAGAGCUAUCACCACUACAGGACGUGGAUCAUCUGGAGUCGGUCUCACUGCCGCUGUCACAACGGAUCCAGAUUCUGGAGAGCGUCGUCUUGAAGCCGGAGCCAUGGUUCUCGCGGAUCGAGGAGUUGUCUGUAUCGACGAGUUCGAUAAGAUGUCGGAUAUCGAUAGAACUGCAAUCCACGAAGUCAUGGAACAAGGACGUGUCACUAUCUCAAAGGCUGGAAUUCAUGCGAAACUCAACGCUCGUUGCUCAGUAUUAGCCGCUGCUAACCCGGUCUACGGACGGUAUAAUCCAUUCAAAUCGCCUAUGGAGAAUAUUGGAAUGCAAGAUUCUCUGUUGUCUCGUUUCGACCUUAUCUUUGUGCUUCUUGAUGAACACGAUGCUGACCAGGACGCGGUUGUUGCAGGACACGUUCUCAAGCUUCAUACCUUCAGAGCACAAGGAGAAGCUGAUGGAACUGUUAUGCCGAUGGGUGGAGGUGUCGAGACGAUCAGUACUAUCAAUAUGGAGACAAAGAAGGCCAGUAGCUCGAUUUAUGAAGAGAACACUCAAUGGACAGGUGAUCAAAACUCGAAAAUCCUAACAAUGGACUUCAUGAGAAAGUACAUCCAUCUCGCGAAAGGUGUCAAACCAACACUCACCGACGAGGCCACUGCAUUCAUUUCGGAAGUGUACGCCGACAUUCGCUCCUAUGACAUCGCGAAGACCGAUCAGGAGAGAACUAUGCCUGUCACCGCUCGUCAGUUAGAAACUUUGAUUCGUUUGUCAACGGCUAUCGCCAAAGUUCGAUUCUCAAAGACAGUUAGUAAAGAGGACGCGAAGAAGGCUUACGAUCUUCUCCACUUCGCUUGCUUCAAGGAGAAACCAAAGGCUCGUCAAGAGUACGAGAAGAAUAAGCGAGGACCACGACACCAUGAUAUUGAUGAUGAGGAGAACGAGCCAUCUGACGAGGAGCCGGAAGACAUGACAGACGAGCCGGGAUCUAGCUCGGUGCCAACCGCCGCCACUCCAAGACGUGGUGUUAGAAGACGUGCUGCUGAUGAUGAUAGUCAGUCAUCAAUGAAUGAUACCACUGUCACUGAGAGCCAACCGACAGCGAAGAGAGCUCGUACCGGACCAGCCGCAAUUGGUGUUGAUCGCUAUAAGGAUUUGAGAAAAUACGUGCGAAAGGCGUUCGACGAUAUUGGACAGACUGAUGAUAUGGUUGAUCUUCAAGUUAUUACUGACAGCAUUCAAGCACAAGCUGGUAACAACAAGUUUACUGAGGACGAACUGCAGGCAGGAUACGAACAACUCGAGAAUGACAACGCCGCAAUGAUUGCUGAUGACAAGAUCACUCUCAUCUAA